CUGAAACUCACAACUUAUUUCAAAGCAAAAACACCAGACACAUUCUAGUAAGUCUAACAAUUCAGAAUGGGUGCAUCCAGCAGGAGUUUGUCACUUGCAUUUUCCGUGUUUCUCGUCUCAAUGGUGCUCGUCUCGGCUACUGGUAAUGAGUAUAGUUCCCAAAAAUCAAGCUCCGAAGAGAUUUUAACAAAGGUUAUAGGCAUUCAGGGGAUUAUUUAUUGUAAAACAGCCUCUCAACUAGUCCCGAUCAAAGAUGCCAUAGCGAGAAUAACGUGUCUAGCAGUGGACAAAAAAGGAUACGAAACAGCUCCUUUCUCCAUAUUGAGCAAGCCAGCUGAUGCAAAAGGCUACUACUUCGCCAAAUUGUCACCUGCAGAGCUUGAAAAAGGAUGGAGGCUGACGCAAUGCAAGGUUUUUCUCGAGAAAUCGCCAUUAAAGAGCUGCAACGUUCCAACUGAUGUGAACCAUGGGAAGACUGGUGCAACUCUUUCUUCUCCCAGGCUACUUAAGACAAUGAACUUGUACUCCAUUCCAGCUUUCGUUUACACUUCUGAUGCUCCAGCUGUUGCUGCCAUCCCACCUGUUCCUCGUGGCUACUAGAGAUAUGGGUCUGCACUUUUUUCUUCACCAAUCAUUCAUUUUUUUCAAUGGAGUUUUUUCUUCUGAAUCAGUCCCUUUUUCCUGAGUUUCGAAUGUUAUAAUCUGUAAUUUUAUUUAUGUUAUGCUGCUCAUCAUGAGCAAUUUGAUGUUUCGUCCGCGUAUUAAUAUAAAAUUUUUCUUAUUUAAUGGUAUAA